UGGAAGGUUUGAAAUAUGGGUUUUGCAAAAAAGACACUAAAUACAAAUGCUAAAUGCAUAAAUUGUCAAUUGCCGGCUUGCAACUUGUGUACGGUAUUUGAAGAAAAUGAGGACGUUAGUGGUUUGAUAUUAGAUUUAUCGGUUGGUUAUUGCAUGGAGUGCCAGUUGAAGACGGAGCAUGGAAAGCGCGAAGAUACAAAUCUCAUGGAUGAUACUGAAAGAUCAUCCGAGAAUUUUGAUUAUGAAGUCCAAUUAACAUCUUCACCGUCACAAGAAGCUAUCAAUAGUGAAUUACAAGGGUAUGACUCUGAUGCUACGUCUAAAUCGAAAUGUAGAAGAAAGAAGUCGUUAAAAAGCAGGCAGGAAAGCCUUGAGAUCAGACGCCACAUUAUCACUUCUAGUGAGUACUACAAGAAGAAAUUGAUUGUUACUAACACUAAAAAUCAGAAGAAUAGCCAAAUUUAUGUAAGCAUUCUGACUGAACUGAAGAGCAGAUGUGACAAAAGAAGAGAACAGAUUUUACUAUUGUGCAAAUGAGAAACAAGUUGAAAAAAUACAUAAGUUAAUGAAAGCAUGCAGCAGUGACCAUAAAGACAGCAACUGGCAUCAAAAGAUUUCAACAAGAUAAAGGAUAUGGUUCCUGGUUCAAGCAUCUCUUUGCUUUGGUACAGACUAGAGACUCAUACCAGACAGAGAUGGCUGUUGAGCCCUCCAGCAGUAGCAGCAUGGAGACUUCCGGAGCUGUGCGAAUUUUCGAGAGGUCUUUGGUUUCUAGAGGGCUGAAAUACAAAGAUAUGCUUGGGAUGGGGAUUCUUCAACAUAUAACACCAUUGUUGAAAGAAAGCUAUAUGGAGAAGAAUGCAUUCCAAAAAAGUUGGAGUGUAUUGGUCACAUUCAAAAGAGGGUUGGGAGUCGUCUUCGUAAGUUGAAGAAUACAAUGAAAGGGGUAAAGCUUGCUGACGGGAAAGGAUUGAGUGGAAAAAGAAGGCUUACAGAUGGAAAGAUUGAUAUUCUUCAAAACUAUUAUAGUUUAUCUGUCAGAGGAAAUAUUCAUGAUGUUAGGGAAAUGGCAAAAACAAUAAAAGCGUCAACUGAUACUAAUCCUUUGCAUCAUUUUUGUCCUGAUGGUGAAGACAGUUGGUGUGGCUAUAAGAGGGAAAAGGACAACUACAAGCGGAGGAUUGGCAUUCCUGAAUGUAAAGGUAAGCUCAUUGAGCCCAUAUUUGAAGAAUUGAGCAAUGUUACUUUGUUGAACAAAUGUACUCAUGGCUUAACUCAAAAUGUUAAUGAAUUUCUAAAUAAAAUGAUAUGGGAACAAUGUUCGAAGACCACAUAUGUUGAACAAGAGACUGUUGCUCAUGCAACAUACUUGGCUAUUCUUAAAUUUAAUGAUGGGGACAUAAAUUUGUUAAAGAUAUUAAGUGAACUGGACAUAACUCCUGGAAUGUCAAUUACAUUACUCCUGUAAUUUACAAGUAAAGGGGCUGAAGAAUGUGAUCAUCAUCAGAUAAAGUUGUCGGCAAAGAAGAGUUCAGAGAAGGUGAAAAAGCAAA